AUGGAUGGCCCACCGUCCGCAGCUCAGCUCAUUGUUUUGGCCACGAGUUCUGCCCUCACCGCAGUGUUUUAUUCCAUCUACAAAAGCAGAGCCACCACUUUCAACAGACUCAAGGGAGCAAAGAAGCUGUCCAUUGACCAGAACUUACAGGAGCUGCUGUCUGAAGCACCGGGCAAAUGUGUUCCUUACGCCGUCAUAGAGGGUGCUGUGAAAGCUGUGAAAGAAACCCUGAACAGCCAGUUUGUGGACAACUGCAAAGGUGUGAUCGAGCGGCUGACUCUGAGAGAGAACAAGUUGGUCUGGAAUCGCACCACUCACCUCUGGUACGACUCUGUCAAAGUGAUCCACCAGCGCACCAACUCAGUCCCCUUCUCCAUCGGCUCCCUGGACGAGAACAUGUCCUCGUGCGUCCGCGUGGUCAGCCCGCUAGAGGCCUCCGAGCUGGAGCUGCAGACCACCUACGAGAACUUUCACCCCAGCGUCCACUCUUUCACCAACACCAUCGGCCACUUCAUCAGCGGAGAGAGACCCAAGGGCGUGCAGGAGACGGAGGAGAUGCUGCGGAUCGGCGAUAGCUUGACCGGGGUGGGUGAGUUGGUUCUGGACAAUAGCCUCAUCAAGCUACAGCCGCCUAAAGAGGGCUACUGCUACUUUCUGAGCCGCUUCGGUUACGAUGCUUUGCUGAGGAAACAGGAGAGCAGCGUGCGCGGUUGGAGGAUUAUCACAGUUCUAUUCGGUAUGGCGGCCUGCUCCACACUGGUUUAUAUUCUGUGGAAGAAGUUGGCACAUUAUCGACAGUGCAAGCGCGACAGGAGGAUGUUGGAGGAUUUCAUGGAGCAGCAAAGGCAGAGGGGGCUGGCCGGGGACUUGGAGACAGACUGCGCGCCAGCCAACAGUUGCUCUGUGUGUUUGAGCCGCUCUCGGGAGUGUGUGUUUCUGGAGUGUGGACACGUGUGCACCUGUCUGAGCUGCUACGAUGCUUUGCCCCGGCCCAAGAAGUGCCCCAUCUGCAGAGGACGCAUACAUCGAGCAGUGCCUCUUUACAAUAGUUAA